AAUAGCGGUAUCCAAACUGGUAAGGAAAUACUAGCAUGGCGUCGGGUCAUUUGAGCAAAAUAAACAGACUUUUAAACUGCUGUAAAUUGCAGCAUGCUCAAUCAUGUUUGGUUCCAUCUCGAGAAGCCUCCAGUGUCCGUGGCCCAUCAAUAGAUGAGCGCAGUGACGUGGAGAUUGGUUUGACUUCAGAUGGAAGUACCGUGGUGUGUUACCAUCCGUCUGUGGACAUUCCAUAUGAGCUCACCCAUCCUGUAGAGAGGCCAGACCCGGUUAGCAGCAUGCCUGAGAACCAUGACCAGGUUCUGAAGGCCCACCUGAGUAAGGAGGUGCUGAGGGACAAACAGGGUCCCACCAUAGAGGAACUGAGCAAGAUGUUUUACACCACCAAACACCGCUGGUAUCCAGUAGGACAGUACCACAUGAGACGCAUUAAGAAGGAUCCUCCAAAGGACAGAUAAUUGUAGGAUAAAUAUAAAUACCUAUCUUCUGCCCAUGUCUCUGUGUAAUAAACUUUGUGCAUAUCUA